ACUCUCUCGCUCUCUAGCCGCAGGUGACAUUCCUUCAUAUUUGACAUUUGAAGCAUUCUUUUUUUUUCUUUUGUUGAAAAAAAUCACAAAAUCGACGAAAUUUUACACAAAAGAAGCCAACAAAAGCUUAUAAUAUAUAUAAAAAUAGCUUGCCGUUCUUUGGAAGACAAAUUAAGGAGAUCUCGAAAAUUAUCCAUUGGCAUAUGGUCAAAUCAACUUGAAAUAAACAAAAGAACUCGGCAGGUGCUUUUUUAAGGAAAAAAAUUCUACACAAGAUCAAGAUUUGUUCAAAAUUUUCCAGAACAAAAAUAGAAAAGUAAUGCAACAGAAUGUCUUCCAAUAAAAAUAAAAAUGAACUCAAGAAAUUGUCCGAAGAGUCUUUGCUACAGCCACCGGAAAAGGUUUUCGAUAUCAUCUGUAAAUUGGGAGAGGGCAGCUAUGGUUCGGUCUACAAGGCCCUGCAUAAGGAGAGCAGCAGUAUUGUGGCCAUUAAAUUAGUACCCGUCGAAUCCGAUCUGCACGAUAUUAUCAAAGAAAUCUCAAUAAUGCAACAGUGCGACUCUCCCUAUGUGGUGCGUUAUUAUGGCUCAUAUUUUAAGCAAUAUGAUCUGUGGAUCUGUAUGGAAUACUGUGGUGCUGGUAGUGUUUCGGAUAUAAUGAGGCUGCGUAAGAAGACGUUAACGGAAGAUGAAAUCUCUACAAUAUUGUCGGACACAUUGAAGGGACUGGUGUAUCUGCAUUUGCGGCGGAAGAUACAUCGUGACAUAAAGGCUGGCAAUAUAUUGCUCAACACAGAGGGAUAUGCAAAGUUGGCUGAUUUUGGGGUGGCUGGACAGUUGACGGAUACCAUGGCUAAGCGGAAACCAUUCAUGGCAGAAGAAUACAGGUAGAUGCAUGAACGCUUGGGAGCAUUGAUAUGUCAAACAAUUUAAAUGUUUUUUAAAUAUAAGUAGAUUUUUAUAUGUUUCCUUAUACUACGUCAGUCAAAGGCUAUUAAAA